AUGUAUUACAAUUACAUAAAGAAUAGUUUUGAUUUAUACUAUAGUAUGAAAUUUGAAGAUAGCAGUACAUGUUCUCAAAAAUUUAGUGAUGAAUUAGUUGCUUUUGAAAAGAAAAUUGAUAAUUCUAAGUUGUGUGAAUUGAAGAAUAAGUGGCCUCAUAGGUGUUUAGAUUUAGUAUUCAAUAAAAACAAUAAAGCAUUAUGUUCAUCAAAACAAGAACAAUCUAAUGUGCAUACUCAAGAAAGAUCGAAUGGAUUUGAGACAACAAACAAAUUUAAUAAAAGUGUUUUAGACACGUUUUCUGCAUUUAAAACAUAUGAAGAAUCUAACAGUAACAAUGACUGUUAUAAAUACUUCGAACACUCUAAAACUAUAUAUGAUUUUGAAAAAAGCUACUCAGGAAUUAAUUAUUUUUGUAGAAUGUUAGUAAGAAGUUUGUACGAAAUAAAAUAU